AAGUUGAAAAGACAUCAGUCUCUCAUUGGUAGUAAAAGUAUAAUUACCAUAACUCCUCAAAAUGUAUAAGAUAUUCCUUUUCGCUGCUGUGGUCGCAACAGUCGCUGCGCGACCUCAACAAGGUCACAACCAACAUCAUGGUCACGGUCACGCCGUCUCCUCACAGAGCAUCGUACUGCACCACACUCACGAGACUAAACACCCUGUACACCACGAGGAACAUCAUGAAGAGCACCACGAGGAACAAGGCAAGAAACACGAACAGAACCACCAUGAUGAACACCAUUAUGAGCAGUACUACCAUGAUGACCACCACCACGAGCAGUACCAUCAUGAUGACAACCACCACGAGGAACAAUAUCAUGGAGGAAACCAUCACGAGGAACACCACGGCCACGCCUCCUCGUCACAGAGCAUCAAGCAGCACCACGGACAUGGCACCGAGAAGCACGUUGUCUACUAUUCUCACCCUAAAUAUGAAUUCGCCUACAAAGUGGAGGACCCUCACACCGGUGACAAGAAGUCUCAACACGAAGCUCGUGAUGGAGAUGUCGUGAAGGGCGUGUACAGUCUGCACGAGCCCGACGGUACUGUUAGGAUCGUGGAGUACCACGCUGACAAGAAGACUGGAUUCAACGCGAACGUGAAGUUCGUGGGUCAUGCCAAGCACAUCAUUCCUGAACACCACCACCACCACUGAUUCUGAUCUCAAUUAUUAGAUGACCUCAUUGUUGAACCCUACUUCUAAGUCAUUAUUUGUUGUCGUAAGACGUUUGUUAUAAAUGGAACAAUUAAAAUAUCUAUAAUCCCACUGAAUU